AUGUCUUUCCGAGCUGGAAUACUGCCUUCUUUGAAAGGUAAUUUGCCUGGACCAUCUAUCCGAAUCCGACCCAAUCAAUUAUCAGCACGAGGUUACUCAUCAGCUACUCAUGCUCAUCCUCACACGCAAACUUACGCUCAUUCAGCACCUAGAUAUAGACAAGGUCCAUCGGCAUUCCGAAAAUGGGCUACUAGAUUUGCUUUGGCUUUAGCGUUUCCAGCGGUAUAUGUAGCGGGAGCCGCAUUUCCUCCUCAGCUAGUGCUAUUCGUCUUUCCACGAUACGCUCCUCCCCCACCCCACAAAGAUUCCCCGAGAGGUAAAUCGCAUAUGUCAGAUAUGGAGAGAUGUAUACAUGAAGUGGAUAUAGUAGAGGAUACGAGAAAGAAAGUCGCAGCUGGAGAAUGGUAUGAGACUAGACCAUAUCAAAAUUAUGAUCCUAACAAGGUACAUAAUUCGCUCACAGCGGGAUCAUUGAGAGGUCCAGGAAUGUUGGCUAUUGCACCUGUCCUUUUCGCCAAAGCAGAUGAAUCAGAAGCUAUCGCUGUCAUUCAUCUCGGUAGAGCACUUUGUGGACAUGACGGAAUCAUUCAUGGUGGUUUACUAGCUACGGUAUUUGAUGAAACGUUAGCUAGAAAUGCUCUUCUUAACCUUCCUUCCAGAAUCGGCGUAACAGCCAAUCUUAACAUUAAUUACAGAUCACCAUGUAUGGCGGAUCAAUUCGUGAUAGUGCGUACCAAACUUGAGAAUGUCAAAGGACGAAAAGCUGUUGUCAGUGGAUACAUGGAAACUACAAGUGGAGAAAGGAUCGCAGACGCUACUGGAUUGUUCAUCGAACCUAAAUGGGCUCAGUUCUUAGCUUCAAGCGGUGUAACAGAAGCGAUGGGUCGUCCUUUGCCAAGUCCAUCCAAAUCACCAAUAUUAUUAGAUGAUCAAACUGAACAUAUCAUAUAA